AACUCACAACAGCGGGACAAAAUGGCAGAAGUAGCUCCAGCUCCAGCCGCCGCCGCGCCCAAAGCAGCCAAGAAGAAGGUAUCCAAGCCCAAGAAGGUCGGCCCCAGCGUCUCGGACCUCAUCGUGAAAACUGUGGCCGCAUCCAAGGAGCGGAGCGGUGUGUCUGCUGCCGCCGUCAAGAAGGCUCUGACCGCCGGAGGAUACGAUGUGGACAAGAACAAGGCCCGCGUCAAGACCGCCAUCAAGAGCCUGGUGGCUAAGGGGACUCUGGUCCAGAUCAAGGGGAUCGGGGCCUCUGGCUCCUUCAAGAUGAGCAAGACGACCGCCGACAAACCGCUAAAGAAAGCCGCUCCUAAAGCCAAGAAGCCCGCAGCGAAGAAACCCCUAGCGGCCAAAAAGCCCAAAGCAGCGGCAGUGAAGAAAGUUGUAGCCGCUAAGAAGUCACCGAAGAAGGCUACGAAACCCGCAGCGGCCAAGAAGGUGGCCAAGAGCCCCAAAAAGGUAGCAAAAAGCCCCAAGAAGGUGGCCAAGAGCCCCAAGAAGGUGGUGAAAAAGGCCCCCGCAGCCAAGAAAGCCCCCGUGAAGAAGACUGCAAAGCCCAAAGCCAAGAAAGCAGCACCCAAGAAGAAGUGAGCAGCGGUCUGAAAAACCAACACCCAAAAAAAAGGCUCUUUUAAGAGCCACCCAAUUCAUCUAAAAAGCACUUUAUUCUUUGUAAUGAAUCGUUGCCUAAAUAGAACGUUUAAGUAA